UUAUUUUAUUAGAUAUAUACAGAUACAAGGCAACGUCGAUGGCUGCUGUCGCCACCGCUGCUAUCUACUUCCGAGGCAGAGCGGCUGGGUUUCGUUGCCUGUCUUUCAACCCAAAGCCAAACUCAUUUCAUCUGAGAGCUUCUGCUAUGGAAGGGAGUGAGAUUGAGGAGGAAGUUUUGGACGAGCAGAAGACAAAGAAAAUCUUUGUCGCAGGAGCCACGGGGAGCACCGGGAGGAGGAUUGUGGAGCAGCUUUUGGCUAGGGGAUUUGCUGUUAAGGCUGGAGUUAGGGAUAUAGAGAAAGCGAAAUCUACCUUUCCUGAAAGCAAUCCUAAUCUUCACCUCAUCAAAGCAGAUGUGACACAGGGCUCGGAGAAACUAGCCGAUGCAAUCGGCAAUGAUUCUGAGGCGGUGAUAUGUGCUACAGGAUUUCGACCUUCGUGGGAUCUCUUGGCUCCAUGGAAGGUGGAUAACUUUGGCACUGUAAACCUGGUCGAGGCUUGCCGGAAGCAAAAUGUCAACAGAUUUAUACUCAUCAGCUCCAUUUUAGUUAACGGGGCUGCAAUGGGACAACUCCUCAACCCUGCAUACAUUUUUCUCAAUGUGUUCGGGCUGACAUUAGUUGCGAAGCUGCAGGCAGAGCAGCACAUUCGUAAAUCGGGCAUCAAUUACACAAUUGUGAGGCCUGGAGGGUUGAGGAACGAUCCACCAACAGGAAACAUAGUGAUGGAGGCAGAGGAUACUCUUUACGAAGGAUCAAUUUCAAGAGAUCAGGUUGCAGAAGUUGCAGUUGAGGCAUUGCUCCAUCAAGAAUCGAACUACAAAGUGGUGGAGAUUGUUACCCGACCGGAGGCUCCUAAACGGUCCUUUGCAGAGAUGUUUGGAUCCAUCAAACAAAGAUGAUAAUACUUGUAGAUAAUGCUUCUAUAUGUAUAUUUAGAUAAUACUGUUUCGGGGAUGGGAUGACCCAAGAAAAGAUCUUUUUUGCUGCAA